UAUUAUUAUUGAUUGUUAUUGUAUUGUUUUUCUUGUAAAAGGUCAAAUAGUUAGUUUAACCUUUUCUCCACAACACAUCAGUCCCUUCUCCUGUCCCUAUUUAUCUUCUCUUUUUAUUCCUGCAGUCACACCCACUCUUCUUUCUCUUCUAUAUCCCAUUCUCUGUUCAUCCUCAUCUCCUCUCUAUUAUCAAUUUUUCAAACCUCUUAUACUUUUUACUGUCCUCUACCCCCUUUCCCCAUCUCUCCCCCUACAACUACCCCUAUUCUCUCUCCCAUUUGCAUCCAUUUCCAUUCCCCUCUUGCCCCUGCUUUUCCCACUCACUUCCCUGUGCCCUGUGCUCACAUUCACUGUACCUUUUCUCUGCACUUAGUUUUUUUCCUUGUCGUGUUCACUCUCUGCUCUCCCAGUUUCUCAUAUUCUCCUUUCCUCCCUACUCUCUUUUGUCUCCACCUUAUCAUUCACUUUCUCGCGGAACCUUUUCUCUACACUUUCUUCUUCUUUCUCCUUCUCGUGUUCACUCUCUUUCUCCCCACCUCCACUCUCCUCGUGUUCGCUCUCUCACCACCUCAUCUUUCCUUCUCUCUUCCCUCUCUCCCCGCGUGACAUUUUGCCACUCUCCUCCGGGAACAUCUCUGUGCGUUUCCGGUUUGCCCACCUGGAGCUGGCAGGUAAGGGCGUGGAGAAGCGCGCAUGCGCAUCAGCUGGCUACAGCAUUUCACCUGGGUCCAGCAAGGCGGAAGUGACAGCGGCAACAUCAACCCCCAGAUCUGUCAUCAUCAUCUUAAUCAUCAUCACUACUAUCGUUCCCGCGGUGACAGGCGACUCUAUUCGGAUCUAUCUCCGCCGCAUCCGUCCCCACCUGUAGCCUGUCUGUGCGAGGACCCGCGACUGAGAGCAGCGCUGCCUGGGGCCCCUCUCCAUCAGUGCUUGGCAGUACAACAGAAAAUUGUGAUGGAACAUCCCACGGCCUGAUUAUUUUCGUGCACCAUCUUGCCCCACAUUUAACAUGACAAAUCUUAAAAGACUCCUUUUAGGGAGACGAUUUAUUCACUGGAAGCUUGGCUUUAUAACUCUAAUAUUUAUGGGAUUUUUGUUUAUGAUACAAAAAGAAGUAGUUGAUUGGGAAAGGGAUGAACUAGGGGCCCACCGUGGGAAGAAAAAGGUGUUGGACAUGAUGAUAGAAGCUGUGAAAAAUAUUAAAGAUGCAAUGCCCAAAAUGCAAAUUAAUGCCCCUGUGAGGCAGACUGAUAACGGAGAUGCGAGACCAUGCUUGCCUGGAUAUUAUACAGCUGCAGAACUAAAACCAUCCCUUGAACGCCCCCCUCAGGAUCCCCAUGCGCCUGGAGCAGGAGGAAAACCAUUUAAGGAAGAUAAACUCACCCCAGAAGAGCAGGAAGAAAAAGAGAGAGGAGAGAAGAAACACUGUUUUAAUGCUUUUGCAAGUGACAGAAUCUCACUUCACCGAGAUCUGGGACCAGACACAAGACCUCCUGAGUGCAUUGAGCAGAAGUUUAAACGUUGCCCUUCUCUACCCACAACAAGUAUUAUAAUCGUGUUUCACAAUGAGGCCUGGUCUACCUUGCUCAGAACAGUGUACAGUGUAAUGUAUACUUCUCCUGCUAUACUUCUCAAAGAGAUUAUUUUGGUGGAUGAUGCUAGUGUAGAUGAAUAUUUGAAAGAUAAACUGGAUGAAUAUGUAAAACAGCUUCAAAUUGUCAAGGUAGUACGACAAAAAGAACGGAAAGGCCUUAUUACUGCUCGUUUAUUAGGUGCCUCUGUUGCAACGGGUGACACUCUUACAUUUCUGGAUGCACACUGUGAAUGUUACCAUGGCUGGCUAGAGCCACUCCUGGCUAGGAUUGCAGAAAAUUAUACCUCUGUGGUCAGCCCAGACAUCACAGGCAUUGAUCUAAAUACAUUUCAGUUCGGCAACCCAUCCCCUUAUGGGAAUAAUCACAACAGGGGCAACUUUGAUUGGAACCUAUCGUUUGGCUGGGAAACACUUCCAAGUUCAGAAAACAAAAAACGAAAAGAUGAAACAUAUCCAAUAAAGUCUCCCACUUUUGCCGGAGGGCUGUUUUCAAUCUCCAAGGACUAUUUUGAACACAUUGGAAGUUAUGAUGAAGAGAUGGAAAUCUGGGGUGGAGAAAAUAUAGAAAUGUCAUUUAGAGUAUGGCAGUGUGGUGGACAGCUAGAGAUCUUGCCUUGUUCUGUUGUUGGCCAUGUAUUUCGGAGCAAGAGUCCUCAUACCUUUCCUAAAGGAACACAAGUUAUUGUGCGUAAUCAAGUGCGUCUGGCUGAAGUCUGGAUGGAUGAAUAUAAAGAAAUCUUUUAUCGUAGAAAUAGAGAAGCUGCAAAAAUUGUCAAAAAGAAAGAAUAUGGAGAUUUGUCCAAGCGGUUGGAUCUGAGGCAGCGACUUCAAUGUAAAAACUUUACUUGGUAUCUGGAUAAUAUUUAUCCUGAGAUUUACGUGCCAGAGAUAAACCCUCUGAUACAUGGAGAUUUAAAAAAUGUUGGUAGAGAAUUGUGUUUGGAUAUUGGAGACGAAAAUCGUGGAGAGAAGCCUCUGAUCAUGUACAGUUGUCAUGGACUUGGUGGAAACCAGUAUUUUGAAUACACUUCAAGACAUGAAAUUCGACACAAUAUUCAGAAAGAGAUGUGUCUCCAGCCUUCCCAUGGUUCCCUUUUUAUAAAGCCGUGUAAUUACAGAGGUGGAGAUACAGCCCCACUUCCUGAAGAGAAAUGGGAACUACAGCGGGAGCAACUCGUCUUUAAUCCCUCCUACAACCUGUGUAUAACUUCAGAAGGAGUCAGUCCAAGCCUGGUACAGUGUAACCCUGCAGAUCCAUUCCAACAGUGGAUCUUUAGACAUCUAAAAUAAGCCACCAGGAGAUUAUUUCCUUUUCAACACUGUGAUAAGCGUACACUGUAGCAUUUUAUGCAAUAGCAGCUUCCACGGUUAUUGGAGGAAGCAAAAUCUGUCUUGUUACAAAAGAACAAAUACUCCACACCGUGUCGACUGUGACCCUAUAAAUGCCAAAGGAACAUUUUAAUCCGUUUAUAUUCUUUUCUGUUUACAGCUGUGUACAGGUGAGGGUUGGGUUUGGGGACAAAUAUUUUUAGGUUGGCUUUUAUUCUCGUCAUAGGCACAGUUUUCUUUAAGUCAAAAAAAACUCAUUACUUUCCCUGAAGAACCUGCUGGAGCACUUGUGAACAGACAUGCCUGACUAGUACCAAAGAUAAACUCAAAGGGGAAAAAUAGCAUAUUAGUAGUAAGGUUUAAUGGCUUAUUUGUCCCUUUAAAUAAUCAAAAAAAAAAUACCAUAGUAGCACGAUGACUUUGAAAAAAAGACACAUUAACUUCAAAUGGUGCUUCUAAGUCCGUACCCAAUAAGGCUCAUUUUCUAAACAAGAGCAAAAUUCAGAAAUCGUUUUUAGAGUUCCAGCAUAAUAGCAGAUGCUCGACGAAUAAUGUGCACUGUAAGAGAACAUUACCAUCAAGUGGACCCCAAGAGAUUGCAUUGUUAAGCAGUAUAGAACAUUCCUUACUAUGAACAGUUUCCCACACGUAUACAUUUAGAAAACCAUGGGAAAUGCUUGGUGUGCCCAAUAUACUGAAAACUAUUGACCUUACAUAUUAAUGUGUUCUUAAUGGUUACAUAUUCAGUAUGUAUCCCUUUAAUCUAAGUGAAUGAUGUGUGAAUAUUUUACACAGCUAAUAACAAAUAUCCUUAUUGUGUUAUGUCCGCAUUUAGUGAGAAUAUGUUGUGUUAAUACCCAUACAGUGUAGGCUGCUGCAUUUUAAUGUAUAUUUACAUAAUGAGUUCUUUAGUUUUUACAGGCAAAUGAUUGGUUGUAAAUGCAAUGCUUGGGAUGUAAAGCAGGAAUAAUGUGUAUUUCUUGUUUAAAUAGGCAUAACACUGAAUAGGAAAUAUAAAUAUUUUUAAAUUAUUUAAGAAGUAAUGAUUAGUGGUAUUUAGCUAUUGUUCUGCAUUUAAUGUAUGAAAUCUAAUUUUAUUUGCGUUCCAGUGGGGUAGAGUUCCUACAGAGGGAGUAGAAACCUGAAUUAAAGUAAAGAUAAGCUCACAAUUAUAUUCCAACUGGGCAGAGUUGGGCAGAAGGUUAUUAUAAUAAUAUAAUGAAUGCACUGGGUGAUCUGUUCAGCGUUGUUUAGCAUGCUGGGCACGGGUAAGUUGUAGCAAACAUUUAUGCAAAAAAUGUAGUUCAGUGUGGUUGGGCCAAACACAUUGUAGCCUGAAAGGAUAUUGAUUUGUAUUGCUCUAUCUGUUCCUUCUUUAGACCUUUAUAAAACCCCUUAUUUUUCCUGUAUUUGCACAUGGAACACAUCUAGAUAGAUGUAGUAAAUGUAUGUAUAUAUAUAUAUAUAUAUAUAUAUAUAUAUAUAUAUAUAUAUAUAUAUAUAUAUAUAUAUAUAUAUAUAUAUAUAUAUAUUACACUGGAGAGUUAUUAGACCAUAUUGGUUAUAUAACCAUAUUGGUUAUACUCACAGUAGCUUCCCUCCAGCUGGUUGGCACUACAAUGACUUUUGAAAGAGAUACUUUUGUGUUGAAUUUCAUGGAAAUAACUAUUUGAUGACAUGUUAAAAACAAACAAAUAAAUGUACAUAUUGCCAAAAA